AUGGGAGUCUUGUUCUAUGGAACAUACUGGCAUAAUGUAUCACUGCCUUUCGACAACACUGGUGAUAUAUGGACACCGACUGAUAACACAGCACAUCAACUAGCAUGGAGAGAUUUUAAAAGAAGUGGAUGGUCUUCAAACACUAUUUCUUGGCAUGAACAAUCAAAUACUUCAUACAUAUGGAAUACAGAAACAAGAACCUUUCUCGGAUUGGAAACAGAACAAAGUUUACGAUUGAAAAUGAUGUACGCAAAUGACAAUAAUAUAGGAGGGAUUGCAAUAUGGGCAAUAGAUCAAGAUGAUGAUGAAAACACUCUUCUGAAUGUUGUUGUCAAAGAGACGAAAUGCCUAAAAGUGGAGUUCAAUGAAGUGGAAUAUAGUUGUGAUGAUUAG